CCUUCAAAGUCAAAGCAAUAUGGACUCUCCAGAGAAUAUCCUCAGCAAAGGCUCUCUUGCCACGCUUCUGCAGCUCGUCUUUCCCGGCGGAACCUACAUGCCCCAUUUUGCCUUCUUACUCUUUGUCACCCCAUACAUUACCGAGGCUUUUGGAGAGCAUCUCAAGUCUCGGCUCAUAUCAACCGUUGAGAUUGGAGCACAAGAUGAAAUCUACAAUUAUGUCAUGAGUUGGGUUGCCAGGACCAGCCUUUCCCAGAACAACCACCGCCUCUUCGUAUCCAGCACCAUCAAACAUGAGCCGUUUUCGUUCGAUGGAAAUCCGACCAGAGACGAUCAUGAAGCGGAUGACUCCUCUGGUGACGUCGACACUGAGACCAGUCUCGAUGAUUUACGUUCAAAGAUAUCGCUCUACAAUGCCCGCCCUUUGCACUGGACCCCAGGCAUGGGGACUCAUUUCUUCCGCUAUGAGAAUCGCUUCUUGACCUUCACAAGGUCAAUGGAGAGCCAAGACUCGAUGCCAUGGUCUCGCCGAGCCGAGAAGAUCGUUAUUUCUUGCCUGGGGAGAGACGCAACAAUCAUCAAGCGCCUCAUCUACAACGCCCGCAUCGAGUACUUGGAGAGGGAACGAGGAAGGACCAGCAUCUACCGGGCCUCCAAGACCUAUGGCGACGAGUUGGGUUGGACAAAGUGCAUGUCCAAAGCAACAAGGCCCAUGUAUACGAUCGCUCUAGGUGAAUCCAUCAAGCAAGGGCUCAUCAAAGACCUCCAGCGCUAUCUGAACCCCAGAACCAAACGCUGGUAUGCCACCCGGGGCAUUCCUUAUCGACGCGGCUACCUUUUCUCUGGGCCUCCAGGCACAGGCAAGACGAGUCUGACUCUUGCAGCGGCAGGAUUGAUGGGCCUGGAUAUUUACAUGAUUAGCCUCAACUCACCUCGUCUCUCCGAAGAUAGCCUGGCCACCCUUUUUCGCAAUCUUCCUCGUACCUGCCUGGUCUUGCUUGAAGACAUUGACGCAACCGGGCUCACGAACAAGCGAAGUCGGGACGCGGGGGCUGACGGACCUCAGAAGGGCGGGCGCCGAGAAAAGAUAUCGCUUUCGGGGCUGCUCAACGUUAUUGAUGGUGUUGGUGCCCAGGAGGGUCGUGUUCUCGUUAUGACCUCAAAUCACACUGAGGACAUUGACCCUGCCCUCCUGCGUCCAGGACGAGUCGACUUUUCCGUCAAGUUUGGCCUUGCAACUUCCGAGACCAUCAUGCAACUGUUUACACAAAUGUAUACCGAGGCGCAAUGUGAUAAAACCUCUGGAAUGGACAAAGAGGCGCACGCCAAAGAUUCCAUGCCGGUGACGACAUCAUCAUUGAGUUCCGUAGCAAUCGAGUUCAGGGACAAGGUUCCGGAGUCUCUCUUCAGCCCUGCAGCAAUUCAAGGAUAUCUACUCAUGUACCAGGAUGACCCACACGGCGCUGUUGGUGCUGUGGAUAAUUGGGUUCGAGAACAACAAGAAUCUUUCGCGAGGGAUCAACAAGAUGUGGAUCAGCCGAAUGAAUCGGCUGAACCAGAUGAGGAGUAUUCCGAUUCUGAAACGGACGGAAGUAGAAAUGAUGAUUAAUGAAGAGGAUGGCGGGGUUGGAUAUGGGAAUCUCGACGCGGCAUGGGAAGCCAAUUUUGGGAAUUGACGAGCCAGGACGAAGACCGCUCAUGGGACUCGCAGAUAGUCCGUCCUACUGCAGUCCAGCUAGCGGCAUUCUCGGUAGGCUUGUCUUUUAGUAAACUGAGAGCUUAUGACUUUAUCUUAGCUGCCUUUAAUCUUCUCGUCUUAACUUUACUCAAACUGAAACGUGAGGUUUGUCUCAUGUAUCAAGUCCAUCAUCUGAUGAUUAUCGCUAAACCACC